CUCCAGACCCAUCCAAGAAUGAAUCAUCGCACCCCUUAGCGCCGUGUAACCAUUUCUUCGUGUCUUUAUUUAUCUCUUUUUCUCCCUCCCUGUUUUGUCUCUCUUCUUCCUCUUCCUUACUUCUCACUCUCAUUCCUCACAAUACAUUCUCGUCCCGCCCGGUCGAUAUCCGAUUAUCAGUCAAAGGCGAAGUGGUCAUCGGAAAAUAGGGUCUAAGCAGUAUACACCUGCACCGCUGUCACCACGCAUUCAGCCCGUCGAUCAUUCGCUUUCACCACCCGCCCAUCACACUCAAUCACAGGACUCAGUCAGCAUGGAGACCUGGUCUCCCACUUCGUGGACCUCCAAACCCGCCAAGCAAUGUGUCACAUACGACGACCCGGAGGCCGCGGAACUAGCCCUCCAGAAACUGCGCAAGCUUCCGCCGUUGGUGACCACUCAGGAGGUUGCGAACCUCAAGAAGAGCUUGAGAAAUGUCGCGCUGGGGAAGGCGUUUGUGCUUCAGGGUGGUGACUGCGCGGAGCUAUUCGAUUACUGUAACCAGGACAUGAUCGAAGCGAAGGUCAAGCUGCUUUUGCAGAUGAGUCUGGUGCUGAUUUGGGGAGCGAAUAAGCCAGUUGUGCGUAUUGCGCGGAUAGCGGGGCAAUUUGCGAAACCCCGAUCGAGCCCCAUGGAAACCAUCAACGGAGUAGAGAUGCCCUCCUUCCGCGGCGACAACAUCAACGGCUUCGACGCGACGCCCGAAUCACGCAGACCCGACCCGUCGCGCCUGGUAUCAGCGUACUUCCACUCGGCGGCGACGCUGAACUACCUGCGCGCCUCGCUGUCGUCGGGGCUGGCGGACCUGCACUCGCCGCUGGACUGGGGGCUGGGCCAUGUGAUCACGCCGGCGAUCAAGGAGAAGUACGAGCGGAUCGUGUCGCGGGUCAAGGACGCGCUGCGGUUCAUGCAGACGGUGGGGAUCGACACGGACCGCGGCGUCGAGACCGUCGACGUCUACACCAGCCAUGAGGGCCUGCUCCUCGAAUACGAGACAAGUCUCACGCGCCUGCUCCGCAACCCUGCCCCGCCAACGCCGGCAGCACCGGCAUUCUCCUUAUUCUCCCCUCCCCCGCCAGAAACAACAACAACCACAACAACAACAACAAGCACAACCCCGCAACCCCCUCCAUCCCAUGCAAUCAAAUCCUACUACGCAACCUCGGCACACUUCCUCUGGAUCGGCGACCGAACGCGCCAACUCGACGGCGCGCACGUGGAAUUCUUCCGCGGCCUCGCCAACCCCAUCGGCAUCAAAAUCGGACCCAGCAUGACCCCGGAAGAAUUAACCCAACUCCUGGACGUAGUGAACCCCUUCCGGGAAGUCGGCAAAGUGACGCUGAUCUCCCGCUACGGAGCCAGCAAGAUUGCCGCGCAUCUGCCGGCGCACAUCGAGGCCGUGCAGCGCGCCGGCCACCUGCCCGUGUGGCAGUGCGAUCCGAUGCACGGUAACACGCAGAGCACGCCCUCGGGCGUGAAGACGCGGCAUUUCAGUGACAUUCUGUCCGAGUUGCGGCAGGCGUUGGAGAUCCAUCGCGCGCAUGGGUCGUUUCUGGGCGGCAUGCAUUUGGAGUUGACGGGCGAGGCGGUCACGGAGUGUGUCGGGGGUGCUGGGGGGUUGACGGAGGAAGGGCUCGGGGAGCGCUAUACCACUUUCUGUGAUCCCCGGUUGAAUGAGAAGCAGGCGCUGGAGUUGGCGUUCCUGGUUGCUGGGUUCUAUCGGGAUAUGGAUGAGUCCGAGGGUGGGAGGGUGAAUUCCAUUUAAUCCUUUGAACCCAAUUAUCUGGGGAGAGAAAGGGCACGAUAUAUUUUCAGCAUGAUUGGUUGGUUUAGGUUAGGUUUACGCAAAGCGUGUUAGGUACAAUGUGAG